CGUUUUGGGGUGGUCCAGACAUUCAGUCCAUGAGUAGCCUACCUCACACGCACACAGCCUCCACACAUCAGUUGAAAGAAACCUGACUGCGCGACGGAUGCAGUGCACGAAGCUCCUGGUGUUCCACGUCUUUCAUUUGAAUCAGUUAUGUUUUCCGUGUAGGGUGUUUCCCUACACUAUUCGGUUUUGUAAAUGGUUUCUUAAGUGUGAAUACUCAUGGAUCUAUUGCGCACGGAUAUUCCUCUUAUUUCUCCGCUAUCCCGAUGGCAGAAGCCGGGACAAAGCCGAGGAGCGUACCGGGGAUACUGCUUUAGUAGAAACCAGAGCCGUUGUCUGUGAUUGGAAACGUCGCACGGCUGCUACUUUUCUUUGCAUUGACGGCAGCACUUAAACACAGCCGUCAAUAAGGUAUAUGACUUGGCUCUGACCCGCGGCGUCUAAAUGAAGUGGCCCAGCCAUGCAAUGUUCCUGGAAGGCAGUGAUCCUGCUGGCCUUGGCCUCCAUCGCCAUCCAGUACACCGCCAUCCGGACUCUCACCUCCAAGCCCUUCCAGCUCUGCCCCGUGCCAAGCCCCCAGAACUGUGGCCUCCUGGGAGGUCCCGGGACAGAGUCCCCCAUAGAGGGGCGGGCUGGCUGCGAUGACUACCCCUAUUUCAGCUUCAACGCCUCCCGUAAGACCCACAUCAUGGUGCUGGCUACAACGCGCAGCGGCUCCUCCUUCGUGGGCCAGCUGCUCAACCAGCAUGCUGACGUUUUCUACCUAUUCGAGCCCCUCUACCAUGUCCAGACCACGCUGAUCCCUCGGCUAUCUCACAGCCGCAACGCAGCCGACCGCAGGGUGAUGCUGGGUGCCAGUCGCGAUCUCCUGCGGAGCCUCUACGGCUGUGACCUCUACUUCCUGGAGAGCUACAUUAAGCCGGCGCCGGCCAACCACACCACGGACAAGCUGUUCCGCAGAGGGGCCAGCCGGGCGCUAUGCUCGCAGCCCGUGUGUGACGCCUUUGGACCCACCAAUGCCAAUGUGGAGGAGGGUGACUGCGUCAAGAAGUGCGCCGCCCUCAACAUGACCUUGGCGGCCGAUGCCUGCCGUGAGAAGCGGCAUGUGGCGAUCAAGGUUGUGCGUGUGCCGGAGAUCGGGGACCUGCGGGCGCUGGUGGAGGAUCCACGGCUGAACAUCAAGGUUAUCCAGUUGGUGCGUGACCCUCGCGGGAUCCUGUCGUCGCGGAUCGAGACUUUCCGGGACACCUACCGUCUGUGGAGGAUCUGGAGGGCCACAGGGCGGAGGCCCUACAACCUGGACCUCAGCCAGCUGACGGUGGUUUGUGAGGACUUCCUCGGCUCUGUGUCCACAGGGCUCAGCCACCCCCACUGGCUCAAAGGGAAGUAUAUGCUGGUGCGUUACGAGGAUCUGUCCAGGAACCCUCUGCUGAAGACCAUGGAGAUAUAUGACUUCCUGGGUCUGUCGAUGGACAAGAGCGUGGAGGAGUGGAUACAGACCAACACUAGGGGCAGCACCGAGCUGUCGGCUAAACACAAGUACGGUACGGUGAGAGACUCAGCGGCCAACGCCGAGAGCUGGCGCUUGAAACUGUCCUACGACAUGGUGGAGUACACGCAGGCCACGUGCCAGAAGGUUCUACAUCAGCUGGGCUAUAAGGCAGUAAAGUCAGCAGAGGAACUGAAAAACUUGUCGCUCUCACUCGUGCAGGACAAAACUUUUGUACCUUUUUUGUAACAAAGAUAGUUCCUGAAUGACUAUUUUUUGAUAUAUUUAUAAAUGUUGCCUUAUAAUUUACAUGGGUUAUGUUUGUGUUUUUGUCUUUGAUUUCAAAUUUGCACUACAACUUAAGAAUUCUUAAAGUUAUCUGAGGGUGGGAGUUCAUUCGUUGAUUUAGGAACGUGGGAGUUCAUUUGUUGAUUUAGGAACGUGGGAGUUCAUUUGUUGAUUUAGGAACGUGGGAGUUCAUUUGUUGAUUUAGGAACGUGGGAGUUCAUUUGUUGAUUUAGGAACGUGGGAGUUCAUUUGUUGAUUUAGGAACGUGGGAGUUCAUUUGUUGAUUUAGGAACAGCACAAAAUGUUUGCUUUAAAGAAAAAAGCUAGAGUAAAACACACCAGUUUACAAAUGUAAAUUCAACUCCCAAGGAUUUCAUAAUGAAGACCAUUGACUUUUACUUUCAACCGUCUAAACUAAAUGCAAAGCACCGUCCUCAUAGAUUUCCUGUAUGCCAGCUGUUGCAUCAACACACACAGUGAAUGUUGCCAUUCCAUCUAAGGGGUGACUGAGUCCGCGUAGCAGGAGGACAACAGACUUUUAUAGGACUUGUGACGAAAACAUUGGACUGGACAAGACCAACUGCGCAAUAAAUAGUGAAUGUUGCACUCAA